AGAGAAAGAGUACUUUAGUAGUGAUUGCAUAGAUAAGUCUGAUGUUACUAACUUUGAUGCAUAUGAGCACGUCACUCCCGAGUUCCUAAAUGCUCUUAAAACUUCGGGAUUUCCUAAUCAUUCAAUCAGGUUGAAAGUUGGGGCCACUAUAAUGUUAAUGCGCAAUCUAGAUCAGUCUGAAGGCUUGUGCAAUGGUACACGACUCACUGUAACAAGGCUUGCUGCUCAUGUCAUUGAAGCUAAGAUCAUUUCUGGAAAAAAUAUUGGGAACACUAUUUAUAUUCCUAGAAUGUCUUUGUCCCCCUCACAGUCGCCGUGGCCAUUUAAAUUGGUGAGACGCCAAUUUCCAAUUAUUGUUUCCUUCGCCAUGACAAUUAACAAGUCUCAAGGGCAAUCUCUAGACCAUGUUGGUUUGUAUUUGCCAAAGGAAGUUUUUAGUCAUGGUCAAUUAUAUGUGGCUAUCUCUAGAGUGAAAUCCAAAAAGGGAUUAAAGAUUCUUAUUCAUGACAAUGAUAGAGAACCCAUGAGUACUACCACUAAUGUUGUAUUCAAAGAAGUGUUCCAAAAUGUUUAA